GCGGCGGACUUUUUGAUUUCAGACGCUCCAGCGCUGCUCAACAGAAAGACAAUGUUUAUACUUAGCUUACAAAAUAAAGUUUUAUUUAUAAAAUAACAAUACAACGUGCGUUCGUGUUGUUAAACACAUUUUAUAAACUUACGUCAUGUUGACUAACAUCCAGCUUCUCACACGUUUGUUGGAACCAGCGCAGCUUGUUCACUAUGAGCACCUCGGGUCCUCCGAAGAGGAAGAGCUACAUGGGUCAGCACCAGAUCAAGAAGAAACAAGGCCUCCUUGCUCCCGAGGAGCCUCUACAAGGAGACAGACCGUCAGACAGCAGAGACAGACUCAUGGAUGGAGGUGCAGUGUUCCCACUGGGAGAAUCCACAUUAGCACUUGAUGCAGAGUUGCUGCAGGUGCUGGACGCUGUCGACCCGCUGAAGCCUGCAGCUCGUCCGACCCCAGUAGAGAGAGAUGCACAUGAGGAGCCAGCGUCAUCGGCGGCCUUUGGCCCGGCACACUCGCUUGCACCAGUUGGAGACAAUAAGCGGGAGGGCGAUAGGGCCCCCACAGGUCAGGGACCCCACGGAGCCCCCAGCGCCCAAGAGAGGGUCUCUUGGCGGAGUGUUGAUUGUAAGAGACCAGGUUGGAUGGCUGAGUGCAAAGAUCUCGCUCAGAAGCUUCUGUUCAGUGAGGAUUUGGAGGAAGCGGACGGCGCUAAGAAGGUUUCAGAAAGAGACCAGUCUAUGCCUGCAUCAGCCGACAUUAAUGAGCCACCAUGUCGAGACAUACAAGACAGUCAGCGAGCAGGCAGCUCCAACAAGCAGAAGGGUGCGCCCCGAAGAAGGAGCUCUCCUGGAUCAAGUAAGAACGUUGCCCCCCCUCCGGAUGUGUCCAGAGACUACAUCUUGUUCAGCCCCACGCGCCUCACAGCUGCCAUGAAGCGGGCCAAGCUCCAGCAGUCGUUGCAGAACCAGUCGGCCUCUGUGCUCACAGUCCCCACUGGAUUAGAGCUCAGUUCUCUCAGUGACACCUUACCUCAGCCAGGCAUUGCCCUGUGUGCUCCAUUGAAUCAAGCUGAAAUGCUGCAGUUAUCCAGUUGGGGUUUGCCCAAGGCCGUCCUGGAGUGCUACCAGAAACACAAAGUGACCUGCAUGUUCGAGUGGCAGGCUCAGUGCCUCACUGUGGGACAGGUGCUGCAGGGAGGUAACCUGGUGUACUCCGCUCCCACUAGUGCUGGAAAAACUCUGGUGUCCGAGCUGCUGAUGUUGAAACGUAUUUUGGAGACUAAAAGAAAAGCUCUCUUCAUUUUACCUUUUGUCUCCGUGGCUAAAGAGAAGAUGCACUAUCUUCAAAGUGUAUUUGAAGAGGCAGGGGUUCGUGUGGAGGGAUACAUGGGCAGCACUUCAGCUGCUGGAGGGUUCAAAGCAUUGGAUGUGGCUGUUUGCACCAUAGAAAGAGCCAACUCUCUGAUCAACAAACUCAUUGAAGAGGACAGUAUGGGUCUACUAGGUAUGGUGGUGGUGGACGAGUUGCAUAUGGUCGGGGAUUCUGGAAGAGGAUACCUGCUCGAACUGCUCUUGACCAAAAUCCGCUACAUAGCCCUGAAGCAGAACACCACAGGGUCUUUGUCUGAGGGUGUACAGAUAAUAGGGAUGAGCGCCACCUUGCCUAACCUCUCCCUCCUGGCUAGCUGGUUAGGUGCCGAGCUUUACCAGACUGACUACAGACCUGUACCCCUGCUGGAGCAUCUCAAAGUGGGCUGCAACAUCUACGACAAGAGCCUCUCCGUGGUGCGACAGUUCACCCCGGCACUCAACAUUAAGGGUGACGAUGACCACAUAGUGAGCUUGUGUUAUGAGACGGUGAGUGAUGGCCGCUCUGUGCUGAUGUUCUGCCCCUCGAAGAACUGGUGUGAGAAACUAGCAGACAGUAUCGCAAGGGAGUUCUACAACCUCAGGCUCGCUGAUGGUCAGGGCGACACUAACCUCAGACCAGUGGCUCUGGAUCAAGAGGGACUAGUGGAUGUUUUAGCCCAGUUGAGACGAACUCCUGCUGGGCUUGACCCCAUCCUCCAGCGGACUGUGCCAUGGGGCGUGGCCUUCCACCAUGCAGGGCUGACAUUCGAUGAACGCGACGUGCUGGAGGGAGCUUUCCGUCAGGGCAUGGUCAGGGUCCUGGCCGCCACCUCUACCCUCUCUUCAGGAGUUAAUCUCCCAGCACGCAGGGUCAUCAUCCGAACCCCGACUUUCAACGGACACCUGUUGGACCCGCUCACGUACAAACAGAUGGCAGGACGAGCAGGGAGAAAAGGGGUCGACACUAUAGGUGAGAGUGUGUUGGUUUGUAAGGAGGCGGAGCGUCAGAAAGGCAUUAUCCUCCUCAAAGGUGCUCUUCAGCCAAUCAGCAGCUGUCUGGUGAGAAAGGAAGGGGAAGGUGUCACCACGAGCAUGCUGCGAGCCAUCCUGGAGAUCAUUGUUGGCGGCGUGGCCAGCACUCCACAGGAUGUGUCAUUGUACGCUUCGUGUUCUCUUCUGGCUGCCAGCAUGAAAUGUGACGGCAAAUCCAGAUCAGACGAAGGGACCAACAAAGGGGCUAUUGAGGCCUGUGUUGAAUGGCUGAUGGAUAAUGAAUUUAUUAGCAUCCAGAAGGAGGGAGACGAUCAUGAGGAGCGAUACUGUCCCACUCAACUCGGCGGCGCCACCCUCUCCUCCUCCCUCUCCCCUCCCGAGGCUCUGGGAAUAUUUGCAGAUCUCCAGCGUGCCAUGAAGGGCUUUGUCCUGGAAAAUGAUUUGCAUAUUCUUUAUCUGAUCACCCCGUUGUAUGCAGAGUGGACGACCAUAGAUUGGUAUCAGUUCUUCCGUCUGUGGGAACAGCUCUCGUCAUCGAUGAAAAGAGUGGCAGAGCUGGUCGGCGUCCAGGAAGGCUUUCUCGCCAGGUCUGUCAGCGGCAAACUGGUCGCCAAGACAGAAAAACAGCGUAGACAGAUGGCAAUCCAUAAACGGUUUUUCACCACCCUUGUACUCCAGGAUCUGGUGAAUGAGGUGCCUUUAGGAACAGUAGCUUCUAAAUACACCUGCAAUCGUGGGCAGUUGCAGUCUCUCCAGCAGUCUGCCUCUACAUAUGCAGGUAUGGUGACAGUGUUCUGCAAGCGUCUGGGCUGGCACAACAUGGAGCUGCUGCUGUCCCAGUACCAGACCAGGCUGAGCUUUGGAGUCCAGAGGGAGCUGGUGGACCUGGUCCGAGUCUCCCUCCUGAAUGCAACACGAGCCAGAGCGCUCUACACACAAGGGCUCUGUACUGUCGCUGAACUAGCCAGGGCCACUGUGGCCGACGUGGAGAAAGCCUUAAGGAAUGCAGUCCCAUUCAAGAGCUCCAAACGUGCAGUGGAUGAAAGUGAGAUGGAGGUGGCGGAGAGACGGAAGCUUCGCUGUGUCUGGGUGACAGGUGGGCGGGCCCUGACGGAGCAGGAAGCAGCCAACGAGAUUGUUUCCGAGGCGAGGCUCCUCCUCCGGGAAGACCUGGCCAGGCUAGGAGUUCAGUGGGACCCGACGACACUUUCUCCUGGAGCUCCUGGUGUCAUCAGCCCUGACGACCAUCACAGCAGUGGCUCAGAAACCUCAUCUGGCUCAAAUCUCAUCUCACACGAAGCACAGGGAGGUAACACUAAAGACGGCCAGGAGGGAAGUAGGCUCAAGAAAAGUAAGAGUAGAGAUACUGAUGGACGUAAAGAGGAGGAUUAUAGAAGUGAGAAAAGUAAUCAGGAGAAACCAGGAGGUGAAAUCAGGACAGAGCAGGUUUGGAAGUCCAAUCCUGCUGAGAAGGAAGUAAACAAACAGUUUGAGGUGCACAGAAAGGAAGAUGGAACAGACCCUGAAAUUAUACAAACAGAAAAUGAGAUCCCAGUGGAGAGUGGCAAAGAAACAGAAAAGAAAGCAGAGUCAACUACAAAUAUGUCCAUGUCAAAUAAAAUGAAAAAUCGAAAUGAAAAACUAAAAAGACAAACACCCAUGAGGCCAGAAAAAGAAGAGGAAGAGCCCAAAAAACCAGAGGAGAAAUGUGAAGGCCCAGUUUCAACCAGACCAGUGGGUCAGCAGGCAAAACAGCCCGUUCCUGAGAGAAGUCUGACGCAGGAGUUGGCGGAGAUUGUAUCCAGCCCUCUGCCUCGGUCGCUGCCCCAGCCUCAGCCAACGCCUCCUCCAAUGCCUCCUCCUCGUUUCAGAGCCCCGAGGUCCUGGGUGGAAGAACAACGUAGUGUUUCCACAAGCACUUUAAAAAGAGACAGCACCACAGGGGGGGCUGCCUCACCUGGGCAGCAAAGUAGACAGAAGCACUCAAGGGCUCUAAGCAAAGUCCUGAACUCCAUACAAACGGACAAAUGUCCCCAAGAUAACGUAGAGACUGUGCGAACAUCCCCCCUGAAAUCGUCCGACACCUCAGGUCCUGCAGUCCAGCAGCCGACUACUGACCCCGGGCAACAAACUCCUCCCUCAGUUUCUGCCCCGACAAACGGCGCCACAUCAGAUCCUCCAUUAUUCUCUCCGGAAGCCAAGCGGAGAAGGGUAGAGGCCGGAGAGGUGGAUAAGUUCUCGUCUCCGGAGCUGUACGUGGAAGAUGGGGGAGAUGUUGAAAAGGGACAGGAGAGCUUUGGCGACAGCUUUGAAUUGGACACUCAGACAGAAAGAAUUCUCGUUCAGCAGUCAUACGAAUACAGGAAGGAGAAAGGAAUGAAUGAGAAGUUAGAAACAGAAAAGACAAAAGAGGAGGGGACGGUAGAAACAGCUGUUAAGCCCGAGGGAGUUAACGGACCGGCCCCUAACAACCCAUGUCCCAGAUUCAACAUCUCUUUGACAGAUAGCCAGAUGGAGCUCAUCCUAGACACCAGCCACCAGAUGUCUCCUGGUCCUGGUGGGGGUAAUAACAUGGAUGAAGGUAAAAAUGAAGGUGGUGAUGAUGGUACUGACGCCCCUGCUGCCAAUCAGGUUGCUUCUGAGAGUCCUAACCGAAGCAGCAGCUUCCUGUUCGACAGCCUGUAUGACAGCGCCCUGCUGGCUGGUCUGAGCCCACACCACCAGUCAGAUGAGGAGGAAUCUGAUGGCCAGGAGCAGAAGUGCCCCCUUCCAUCGACCCAGGAGCGACGACGCAGCGAGCUCCUCGCCAACCAGGAGGCUGAUAAGCAGGAGGCGGUGCAGUGGGGCGAGUCCUCCUUCAACCUGUCGGAGUGGGGCGACUCGCUGUUUGUGGGAGAGCAUUUUAUGGAGAGGCAGAGCUCGCUCAGGCAUACGGAGCGAACGCAAACAGAGCAAGAAGGAUUACAUCAAGCUCAGGAACCCAACGCAGAGGAACAGCUGCUAGAUUCUCCAUCUGAACCUGGUCCGAUACAAACACAACCUGAGCGCACUGCAACUCAACGUGAGUGUGACAAGGACACAGCUGCAGGGUGCACUACUGACCACAAAGCAAGUGGGAGACAGGGGGGUGAAAGUGGAAAGCAAGAGACGGAAACAAACAUGAAGGUUUUACUUGUAGAUAAUGCACCUGAAAGAAAUCUUUGUUGCAGCCCUGAUUUACAAGAGAUCUUUGACCGUUGGCCGAGUAUGUCUGACCAGUCCUGGCAAAACACUAACGCAGGCCACAUAGCCACUCAAACAGCCGCUGCCGCCGCUGCUGCUGCAAACACAGAAACUGCAGAUCCACCUCAGCACUCAAUACAAGCGGGCAGGAACACAGGAAAGCUGAAUGUGCAACCUGCUGCUGCUAUGAGUGAAUCUCAGUCGGCACAACCCUCCAGUCAGGACGCUGAGAAUGUCAGAGAGAGACCAGGAUCUGCUGGUGACCUCAUUCCCCCCACCCAGGAAACGCCGCCGGUCACCCCCAGAGUAAAACUAACCACCUCCUCGGUCCAGUCGCCUCUCACCACCAAGCCCCUGAACCAGUCGACCCCCUCAACCCUUCCUCCACGGAAACAGGCAGCCCGGAAAUGUCGUAAAUCUCUCUCAGGACACGGUCAUUAUCCAUCAGAAGCUACCGACACUAAACAGCCCAACUCUGAUCGGAGCCACAAGCUAGAGAAACCAAAAUCUUUAACUACACUUCCUGAAUCCGAGCUGAGGUCUGUUCAAUGCUCCAAAACCAAACCCCUGCUACGCAGCGACCAGCAGCUCAGCCGGCCUCCACAGGGCACCUCUCCGUCCUCUCACCGACCAAAGACUCCAUCCGACACAGAGUCGCCAGUCGUUGAAGGCUUCACUCUUCAGCUGUCCGAAGAAGCGUCACUAAAUUCCAGCAACUCUGGGUCUUUCUCCAUCAUCGACGUGGCGAGUGACAGGGGCCUGUUUGAAACUUUCAUCAGAGAGUGGAAAACUAAGGAGCGGUACUCUCUGGCGUUGGCGUGUGAGAAGAGGGAGCGCAGUGAUCAGCCUGUGGAGGAAAUAGGAGGGAAACACAAGAGAGCAUCAGCAGCCCAUCAGAAGCUCAAUGGUUUCCCAGUGAGAAACAGUGAUGGACUGGUGCUGAUUGGACUGUCGGUCUGCUGGGGAGCAAGAGACGCGUACUACAUAUCUCUGCAGCACGAGCAGAGCAAAGGUUUGAGCUCCAGUCUGGCUCCUCCUCUGCUGGAUGAGGAUCUGCCAGUGAGUGAGAGGCUGGGGCAGGUGAGGGCUUGUCUGAGCCGGCCAUCAGAGGGUCCCAGUGGGGUAGUGGUUGUCACUUAUGACAUCAUCCCGGUGUACAAGACGCUUGUACUGAGCUGUGGCAUCAGCUUGGAGGGAAGCUGUGAAGACCCCAAGGUCGCCUGCUGGCUGGUGGACCCUGGCAGUGAGGAGAGGACUCUGCCCAACAUGGUGAUGGCCUUCUGUCCUGAAGAGCUACCUCUGCUGGAUGGACUCGGAAAUGCACAUGCACACUGUCCCCGUGUCAGGGCGGCGACCAAGAGCGUGCUGGUACAUGCUGUCAUGAAGCACGUCAGCGGCCUGCUGGAGCAGGACGGCAUGCUUGAUCUAUUCAGGAGCAUUGAGAUGCCUUCUCAGGUGAGUUUGGCCCUGUUGGAACUGAAUGGUGUGGGCUUCAGUGCUGAGGAGUGUGAGAGACAGAAACACGUGAUGCAGGCCAAACUCUCCACGCUGGAGUCUCAGGCGUACAACCUGGCUGGACACGGCUUCUCCCUCACCAGUGUGGACGACAUCGCGCAGGUUUUGUUCUUGGAGCUUCACCUGCCUCCAAACGGAGACGUGGGCGGAUCAAAAAGUAAGAAGACUCUGGGCUACACCAGGAGAGGCGGUGGCAGAGUACGGCUCGGGAAGCAGUUCAGCACCACCAAGGAUGUUUUGGAGAAACUGUGCCCCUUGCACCCGCUGCCAGGUGUGAUUCUGGAGUGGAGGCGGAUCACUAAUGCCCUGACCAAAGUGGUGUUCCCCCUGCAGAGGGAGAAACAAUAUCAUCCUGGACUGGCCAUGAACAGAAUUUACUCCAUCGCCCAGACACACACAGCCACAGGUCGCGUGAGCUUCACUGAUCCCAACAUACAGAACGUCCCCAAAGACUUUGAGAUCGACAUGCCCACGGAGGUGGAUGAGAGUCCUCCUUCACAAAACGGCUGCCAGAACAAACCAGGAAAGAAGAGACGCCCUGCGGUGCCUUCAGUCACAGCUGGAGCUGCAGGACAAGGCCCGACCUUCUCUGUCAGCAUGAGACACGCCUUUGUACCGUUUUCAGGAGGAAUGAUAUUAGCAGCCGAUUAUUCCCAGCUGGAGUUGAGGGUGUUGGCUCAUCUGUCCAAGGAUCAGCGACUUCUGCAGGUGCUGAACGGAGGAGCAGACGUGUUCCGCUGCAUCGCCGCCGAGUGGAAAAGUAUCGACCCGGAGACGGUGAACGACAACCUGAGACAACAGGCGAAACAGAUUUGUUACGGUAUCAUUUACGGGAUGGGAGCCAAGUCUCUGGGGGAACAAAUGGGAGUGGAGGAGAAUGAUGCAGCCUGCUACAUAGAGAGUUUCAAGUCCAGAUACAAAGGCAUCAAUGCUUUUCUUAAAGAAACCGUGAAGAACUGUGUAAAGAACGGCUACGUCCAGACGCUGAAGGGCAGAAGGAGAUACCUCCCUGGAAUCACUAACACCAGCUCGCACAUCAAAGCACAUGCAGAGCGUCAGGCGGUGAACACGACUGUUCAGGGCUCAGCAGCAGACAUUGUUAAACUCGCCACCGUGAACAUCCAGAAGCGACUGAGGAAAACAUAUCCUGCUGCUCCCGCGUCUCACCAGCACACACUCUCAGCCAGGAACCAGAGCAGGGCUCGGAUGUCUCACCUAAGAGGAGCCUACUUUGUCCUGCAGCUGCAUGAUGAGCUCAUCUAUGAAACCACAGAGGACGACCUCAUCCAGGUUGCUCAGAUAGUAAAGAGAGAGAUGGAGUCGGCCGUAAAACUGUACGUGAAGCUCAAGGCCAAAGUCAAGGUGGGACCCAGCUGGGGGAACCUGCAGGACAUCGAUCUGUAGUCACAAUGUUUUAAUGUCUGAUACCAACAUGAAGUUACUGUAGUUCCGUGUGUAAAUAACGUCUGUGAAAAAUAUUUUUUAACACUUACAUUAAUGAAAUGCAUAAAUAUAAGAGCCAUGUUUGCUCCAUGAACUCUAAAUGAACUAUUGAAUGUAUUUUCUAAUUCAUCUCCCUGGUUUACAGGAUCAAAAAAGUAUAAAUGUGAAAAUAAUCAAAUUUUAUUUAUUAAUACAUGACAUUUUUUAUGCAAGAUGAAUUUCUGUUAUUUAAUAAAUUGACAAAUGGUUAUUUUAACGAUAUAUUAAUGUGUUGAUUAGUCAUUUGUCUAAAAUGUUCACUGUGAUAUGACAGAAGCAGCAAAACUUCUAAUGUAAGAAAU